GCGCUGCCUCCCCCGGUCCCUCCCCGUCACUCUGUCCCGGAAGCCUGUGAUCCCGGCCCGGCCUGGCUGUGCUCUGUGCAGCCGCCCCCCACCUCCUGCGUGCGGCCCUCCGCCGCCUGCCUAGUUCGGGGCUGCGGGGCCUGACCUCCCGCCUUCCCUCAGUCAUGCCGGGCCCUCAGGCCGGGAGCAGAGCCCGGGUCUACGCCGAUGUCAACACCCUGAGGAGCCGCGAGUACUGGGACUACGAGGCGCACGUCCCCAACUGGGGGAACCAGGAGGACUAUCAGCUGGUGAGGAAGCUGGGACGUGGUAAAUACAGCGAGGUGUUUGAAGCUAUAAACAUCACUAACAAUGAGAGAGUCGUGGUUAAGAUCCUUAAGCCAGUGAAGAAGAAGAAGAUAAAGCGGGAGGUGAAGAUCUUAGAGAACCUGCGUGGCGGCACAAACAUCAUCCGGCUCCUGGACACUAUUAAGGACCCUGUGUCCAAGACUCCAGCGCUAGUGUUCGAAUACAUCAAUAAUACAGACUUCAAGCAGCUGUAUCAGAUCCUGACGGACUACGAUAUCCGUUUUUACAUGUAUGAGCUGCUGAAGGCGCUGGAUUACUGUCACAGUCAGGGAGUGAUGCAUCGGGAUGUGAAGCCCCAUAACGUCAUGAUUGAUCAUCAGCAGAAGAAGCUACGCUUGAUAGACUGGGGUCUGGCGGAGUUCUACCAUCCGGCGCAGGAGUACAAUGUGCGUGUUGCCUCUCGAUACUUUAAGGGUCCUGAAUUGUUGGUUGAUUACCAGAUGUAUGACUACAGCCUGGACAUGUGGAGCCUCGGCUGUAUGCUGGCCAGUAUGAUCUUCCGCAAGGAGCCCUUUUUCCACGGCCAGGACAACUACGAUCAGCUGGUGCGCAUCGCCAAGGUUUUGGGCACUGAUGACCUGUUUGGGUACUUGAAGAAGUAUCACAUAGAGCUGGAUCCUCAUUUCAAUGACAUCCUGGGACAACACUCUCGGAAACGUUGGGAGAAUUUCCUGCACAGUGAAAACCGCCAUCUGGUGAGCGCGGAGGCUCUGGACAUGCUGGACAAGUUACUGCGCUAUGACCAUCAGCAGAGGCUCACGGCACGCGAAGCCAUGGAGCAUCCAUACUUCUAUCCAGUAGUAAAGGAGCAGCAGACUCAGACAGACGGCAAUCUGCUCCCGGGAAGCCUGUCGACAGCUCGAUGAGGACUGGGGAUUGUGGGACGCCGCUGCUGUUUUCACCUUGUGUCUGUGAGCAGAACCAGGCGUACGCACUGGAGCACCUCCUGGCAUCGGCCGCAGUGGAUGUGGACAGUACAAGGACAGUUUAUGUUGCUGAUCCCAGCGGCUCCAGAACCCAGUACCCCUUAUUUUACGGAGACACUGCGAAGGACUGGCUGUCCCCGACACAGCCCCCACAAGGCCGAAACAGCCAUUGGUUGACACCUGGGGGCACAACCCUCAGCCCCCCCCCCCCCCCCCUCCCCUUGCUAUACCCGAGGACAGGAAGUUUCUGUGUACCUUGAUUUAACCCUUUGCCUUUUGGACAGAGCUUCCGUGUAGGGUUGUCCGGUGUAACUGAGGUGCGCGGAGCCCAGCUGUAGAUAAGAAUGGCGUUUAGGGGUCCCCGGGUGGAUGAGAUGACGGAGAGCUAUGUAACAGGGUAUGCGCCGGAUACAGUACACCCCCCUCUCUUGAAGCAGCAAUACCCCCCGUCACCAUUGCUUUUCUUUUGUUUGUUUUUUAUGACCAAUUUCCAGGGACGUUUUAAGUUAUGAUAAUGCCAAGAGUCAGCGUUCUGGGCUGUUACCAGUCUUACUUUUGUGUUUCCUGAGUAAUACGACUCGGCGUCUACAGUUAUGUCACUGAAAGUGGAGGGGCUUUCUAUUGGGGGGGGGGGAACUCUGGGGUUUGCCGGUACCCUCCUCACGCUGAACAAGACCACCGGAGAGGAGGUUUAGGGUUUGCAGGGGCGAGUUUCUGGCGUCACAUUAACCCCUUCCAGUUCCAUUGCUUGGAGGGAUGCAAGACAUCGCCUAACCCCUGAACGGUUGGUUGAUGGUUUGUGAUGUCCCUCUCUCGCCCAGUCUGGUUUCACCCCGCUCUUAGCACGUGUUCUAAAGCUACCUCGGAGACCAGGUCCUGGAGUACGUACAUUCAGAUGUGCUGCCUGUGCAAUGCAAGUUACUAAAUACAAUUCUCUGGGUGGAAAAAGUGUUUUUUUGUUACAUUAAAAUAAGCAAACAUGGGUCACAUUG